AUGGCUCCAAUCCUCCGCGCUGCCGCAUGCCAUGCCGCACCAAUCUUUCUCUCAGCAAAAGAAACUACGCAAAAAUGCGUCACGAUGAUCGAAGAAGCAGCUAAAAACCAGGCUGACAUUGUCAUCUUCCCCGAAGUUUUCAUUCCUGGCUAUCCCUUCUGGAGCUGCAUGGUCGCACCCGGCGAGGCCCACGAGUUCUUUAAGCGCAUGGUGUCAGAAUCCGUCUACGCGGACGGCGAAGAGAUCAACAUGAUCCGCAAAGCCGCGAAGGAAUUUAAAAUUACUGUCUGCGUCGGGAUUUCGGAAAAGACUCGGCACAGCAGCGCGAAUCUAUAUAACAGCAAUCUUAUGAUUAGUUCCGCAGGUGAAAUUCUGGUCCACCACCGCAAGCUAGUCCCGACUUUCUACGAAAAACUCACCUGGGCACCCGGUGAUGGGCAUGGCCUUAAGGUGAUUGACCUGCCUGUGGAGAAUGGCUCGGCGAUCGCAAAAGUGGGCAUGCUACUUUGUGGAGAGAACACCAAUCCUCUGGCACGCUACAGCAUGAUGGCACAGGGUGAACAGGUGCAUAUUUCCACCUGGCCUGCAAAAGCGCCGAUGCAUAGUAUCCGCGAAGAGGCAGCCAGUGUCAGUAGUGAUGCUGAGGGAGAAAAGCCGAAGGCAAAAUACGGCAACGUGGCUGCUAACCGCAUACGAGCCGCUGGCCACUGUUUCGAAGGGAAAUGUUUUGGCAUCAUUAAUGCUGCCAUUGCAGAUGAACAUACUCUAGCGACCAUGCUAGAGAUCGCCCCCGAUCAGGCCAAGGAGGUCAUCCGAACCACCAUGGCAGGAUCUAUGCAGGCGGAGACCAGGUUUCUUGAUCCCUCUGGAAGUCCGUUGAUGGGGUUUGUGAUCAAUGCUGAGACGGGCGAAAGAGAAGAGAAAGAGAACUUACAGCAUGAAGAGGGGAUACUAUAUGCAGAUCUUGAUAUGACCACGACUAUUGAAGGGAAACAGUUCCAGGAUGUGGUUGGAGGAUAUCAGCGCUUUGAUGUGUUUCAGGUGAAGGUUGACCGGUCGAGACAGACACCAGUGACCUUUACAAACUCGCUAGACCCGGAGACACGGUAG